AUGAAUGAGAAAGGUGAAGAUCAAAAAAAUGGGAAAACAAUGGCUUGUCUAAGAGCAUUAGUUGGCGUAACAUUAGGCGAUCGAAUAUCCAAUGAAAAACUUUUGGAACUGAGUGGUCAACCAAAUUUGGAAAACAUAAUGAGAAGAAAUCGGUUAAGGUGGUUUGGCCACGUAAACAGAAUGGAAGAUGUGGAAAAAAAGCCGAAAUUAUUAAAGAAAGUAAUGUUUUCGUAUUUUCCCGAUGCUCGAAGACCUCAGAAUGCAGGCGUAAGGAAACGAUGGGAAGAUAAAAUCGCAGAUGAUAUUGCCAAAUUCGGAAUCAAGAAUUGGCGGAGAGAAACGAUGGAUAAGGACAAGUGGCGUCAGAUUAUCAACAAAUACGUGCAAAUUAAACCCGUACAUUCGAAUAUCCAAAAACUUGUACAUGAAUAUAAGGAACUAGCAAAUCGGCGGCGAGCAGAAGAGCUUGCUCGAAGUAGUCAAGAUAACACAACCAGCACCGUAACUAGUCAAACUCCACCAAUGUCGACCGGAGUGGUCACAAAUAUCUGUCCCAAUUGUGGUCAAGUGUGUAAAAAUCAACGAGGUGUAAAGAUUCAUCGACGAACUUGUGAUAAAAAAGUAGUCAAACAAACUCCAAUGAGUCAAGGAUUGGUGUAA